CCGCUCCGCCCUCUUUUUUUUUUGCUUCUUGUUCUUCUUCUUGUUCUUCUUCUUCCUAUCUCCCGUCGUGCUUUGCGGCGGCAAGGCGACGCCAGGAGGCCGUUAAGAGCCGCUCGCGCCCGGGGCCUCCCUCCCUUUCUUCCCCCACUCUCUCUCCCCCCUCCCGCCGUUACCAAGGAGACGCGAGUCCCUUCGCCGCCGCCGCCGCCAUGUCGGCCCAGGCCCAGAUGCGAGCGCUGCUCGACCAGCUGAUGGGCACGGCCCGGGACGGAGAUGAAACCAGACAAAGGGUGAAGUUUACAGAUGAACGGGUCUGCAAGAGCCAUCUUCUAGACUGUUGCCCUCACGAUAUUUUAGCAGGGACGGCAGAGAAAGUGCACGAACUCAACGAAGACAUUGGGAAGCUCCUGGCUAAAGCUGAGCAGUUAGGAGCUGAAGGGAAUGUGGAUGAGUCCCAGAAGAUCCUGAUGGAAGUGGACAAAGUCCGCGCAAAGAAGAAAGAAGCGGAGGAGGAAUACCGCAAUUCUAUGCCUGCCUCCAGUUUCCAGCAACAGAAACUGCGUGUUUGUGAGGUCUGCUCUGCAUACCUCGGUCUCCAUGACAACGACCGUCGCCUUGCUGAUCAUUUUGGGGGCAAAUUGCAUUUGGGCUUCAUUCAGAUCCGUGAGAAAUUGGACCAGUUGCGGAUCUGGAUCAAGAAAUCGAGAUCGCAGAAGAUCGCGAUCCCGAGAGCGGAGGCGACGACGUUCCCGCUCCCUUUCCCGCGAGAAGCGAAAAUCCCGUUCUAAGUCUCGGGAACGUGAGAGGCACCGGCGCCACCGCAGCCGUUCCGGAAGUCACAGUCGGGGUCACCGACGUGGAUCCAGAGACCGGAGCUCCAAGCAUAAAAAAGAAGUUUGGACAAUUAGGAAAUGAGGAAGACCCUGUAAUUACUAUUACUCUAAAGAGCAGAGAUGUAAGUCGAUUUUGCAUUCCAGAAUCCGAAAAGCUUUAGUCAAGGACUGGAGUUGUUUGUCGGGAGGAGGAGAACUUUGUUUUAAUUUUAUGGGACAAAGUUAUGCCCAAGUCUUAAAGACUGCUUUUCAGGUAAAGCUUUGAGAGCAGAAUACCUUUGUUUUCAGCUUAGGUCCAUAACAGUUUCAAUGUAAUGAGACACUGGAAUAAUUCAAAACGUGUGGGAAUUCUGUAUCCUGUAAGGUCAUCUUCCCCUUUAGAUACCUUCAUAUCAUCAUCUUUUAAGGACCCCAUCAUCCCUUGCAUCAGAGUGGAGUCUGGGCAACUGAGUGGAGCUGAGUGCUUACUGGCCAGAUGCCCUUCCUGUCACCAAUGCAGAGUUAUAU